CUCUUCAGUACAAGAACGACCGUCCUCGCACCUCCUGAGGCUAAAGAAGUGACUUUCAUCUGAAAAUCUAGUGAGCGUAAUGGCGCCCAUCCAGAAGUGUUACGACGUGAAGAUCUCUGCCCCUGGCGUGAGCUGCCGUCGGUGCGGAGGAUCCUCCAAGAGGUCCUGGGACACGUUCCUUCCCAUCGCUCGAAGGGGAAGCUUCUUCCAAGAUUCGUUCUUCGCCAAUAUACAGCACGACUUCGACGCCGCCGUCAGGGACGUUCUGAACCGAUGGAGUGACGACGACCUCACACUGACGGACCGCAGGAGCCACAGCGACAUCAUGGGGCGGUACAGACAGCUUCGCUCUCGUAACAGGAAGGAAGAGAACCAGGCCAUCACAGUGACUUCAGACAGCUCUAGUCAUAAGAUUGUUCUGGAUAUGCACGACUUCAUGGGUGGAGAUGUGAAGGUGAAGGUAGUAGGUGAGAAGGAACUGGUGGUGGAAGGACGUAUGGAGAAGGAAGAGGGAAGAUCCUCCAUGUCUGCACACUCCUUCAGAAGACGAUUUUCCUUGCCUCAUCUUACUGACAUGACAGCGAUCACAUCUGUCAUGUCUUCGGAUGGAAUCCUCACAAUCAAUGUGCCAGAAGUUGAAGAAGAUGCACGGCAGAAGGCCACCGUCAUUCCCGUCCACGUCGAGAAAACUGAAAAUUCCUCAAGAAUGCAGAACUGGGAAUCUUCUAACACAUCUUCCACUGCGUCUGCCGAGGCCACCUCCGUACAAGGAAAGUCCUUGGAGGUGGAUCAAGAGGAAUGUGAAUGUGCAAGAUGUUCUUUGGAAAAUAGAUGCCAGGCUAAGAACACACAGAUUCCACUCAGCAAUGCAUCUCACUCACGGACUGAGGAAGGAGUUUCUGCCUCAAAACAAAGUUCUUCAGUGUUCACAAAAUCGUCUCAGAAUGAAGGUGCAGAAAUUGGCUCUUAUGGAUCAUGGGACACUUUCCUGCCCAUCACACGAAGAGGAAAUUUCUUCAAGGACUCUUUCUUCUCUGAUAUACAUCAGGACUUCAACUCCGCCAUCAAGGAGGUCCUGGAAAGGUGGAAUGACACCGAUCUGAGGCUGAGAGACCGCUGGGACGGCGCCGAUUUCCUCGACCACUACAGGCAGCUUCGAUCCCGCGACUUGAAGGAGGAGAAUCAGGCUGUCACCGUCGCAUCAGGCAACUCUAGUUAUAAGAUUGUGUUGGAUGUCCAUGACUUCAUGGCUGGAGAUGUGAAGGUGAAGGUGGUGGACGAGAGGGAGUUGUUAGUGGAAGGACGUGUGGAAAAGAAGGAAGAGGGAAGCUCAUCCCUGUCGUCCUAUUCCUUCCGACGACGCUUCACUCUGCCACAGCACACUGACAUGACAGCCAUCACAUCUGUCAUGUCUUCAGACGGUAUCCUGACGAUCACUGCUCCUGCAAAGAACGGCAAGGCUCAGCAAGCCAAAAGCAUCCCGGUCACAGUCGAAGGAAAACGGGCUGUUUCUCAGGAAUCCUCCUCCUCUUCCACAAAGACAAGUGUUACCAACGAAUCUGUCAAGGAAAGGAAAGAAGAUUGUGAAUGCCUCCACUCUUCCAAGACAAGCGAAGAGAAGACUUCUCAGAAGCCAAAUGGGAUGAAGAUUCCAAUCCAGAUUAUCGGAUCUGUGACAAAGGAGUCUGAAAAGGCUCGAAGCUCCUCUGCAGACACCUACGUAAGCUCUCAAGAGAACGUCAGUCAGACUCAAGUUCAGGAGCAAAAGCAAAGGAAGGCUGAAACCAUAACUUCUAAGGAAUCAAGUGCUGCAACAUCUACCUCCGUUAAUAGAGAAAGGCAGUCUGGUGAGAAGAGGGAAUGCGAGUCUCAGGAGAAAUCGUCCCUUGUGGAAAGUACAAGUUGCCACGAAUCUGGAAGCAAGUUCAUCCCUAUUAGAAGAAGAGGACUUUUCUUUAGCGAUUCUGUGUUUCAAGACACCAGGGAUGACUUCCACAGGGCAAUAAAGGAGGUGCUAAGGAGCUGGGGAGAGGAAUCGUCCAUGUUCGAUGCUCUCACAAGCUACAGAAAUCUUCGUUCUCGAGAUCUUAGAGAGGAGAACCAGGCUGUCACGUCACUGGAGGACGAAUCUUACCAUAAGUUUGUGCUCGAUGUUCAUGAUUUUAUGAACGGCGGAGAGAUCAGCGUGAAGGCAGUGAACGAUCGAGAGCUGGUGGUCGAAGGUCACUUGGAGAAGAAGGAAGACGGUUCCAAGUCCAGCAAGCGGUUCCUUCGGCGCUUCGUUGUUCCUGGAGACAUUCAGUUGGAGGCCGUCACUUCGGUCAUGUCUUCUGACGGUGUCCUGACAAUUUCGGCUCCCAAAAGAUCUUACACCUUUCAGAAGCCAACGAUUGCAAUCCAAGAAGUCAAAGUACCAGUGACCAUCGAGGAAAAAGGAAGCAAGAGCCACACAGAGAUCGAAGACGAAAUCAUGAGCUCGGAAGGAGGUAGCCAUGAGGCUUCAUCAGCAUUCAAUAUCAGCACUGAAGGGAAAACAAAACGUGAAGCUCAUAAUGUAAAGGAAACUUCCGCUAAGGCAUCGUCUCGGUUCUCCUCCGUCGAUACUGCUUCGUUUACGUCAAAUGAAAGUCAAACACGCAGGCACGUCAUUCCGGUUCACUACGAAGUUGGUAAUGAAAGCGACAGCCUCGAGCAACUUGAUCAGCAGCGUCAAGUUACUGUGAGGGACAGUCGAGUCUCCGAUGAUGCUGGAAAAUCGGAGUGUGAGGCGAAAGUGUCUUCUGAUUCCCUUAAGAGUAAACGCAAAUGCGCUUCAGGAAGUUCAUACUUGCCCAUAAUCAGGAAAGGUCUGUUUUCCGAAGACCAUUUCUUCGAGAAUGUACGUCAGAACUACAGUGAGGCUGUGAAGGAAGUGCUGGAAAGUGCGAAUGAAUGGUCCUGUGAAAGGGACGCCAUGCAGGUCUACCGAAAUUUGCGUCAACGCAAUCUGCAAGUAGAAAACCAAGCAUUCUCUGUGACUGAGGAUGAACACACUCACAAGGUUGUAAUGGACGUGCAUGACUUUACCAGCGGAGAUGUGACAGUGUCGCUGGUGGGAGGAAGUGAGCUUGUGAUCGAAGGGCAAGCAGAGAAGCAGGAAGGCAGUUGUUCGGCGAGGAAGAGCUUCUGUCGCCGCUUUUUGUUGCCUGAACUGGUUGAGCGAGACGCCAUUAGCUCGGCGCUGUCCUCCGACGGCAUUCUCAGCGUGAUCUCGUCCAAGAGAGGGAAGUCGGACGCGAAGGCAAGCAGCAAAGGCUUUUCGAGCGAGACGAAGACCCGGCUGGAGAACAAGACAGACAGCGGCCACAGCUGGGAGGAGAAAGACGUGGCGGAGUCUUUGAAAGAGUCCGACGGCCACAGCGUCCGCACCUUCGCCUCCAGCUCCCGCGCUCACCACCACCAUUCCUACACAAACCAUUUCUAAAGUCACAGCUUUCCAGAUCUCUACUUCUGUAGUUUAGCUAAGUGUAGAUAAGAUUUAUUUUUGUUGACUGUUCAAGGCCAAAUUCGAUAUGUGAUAUGUGUGGUUUUGUGUGAGAAUGAUGUGGUCUUUUGCAGUCGACGAGUGGCAAGAGUUGAUUAGAUGCCAGGGGCAAGGAGCAAAAGAGAAAGACGAUAGAAUUACCAACAUUCCUUAAAUGUGAAUUCAUUUAUCAUUUCCUUCAGAGGAUCUGCAAAACAUAUUUUAUUAGUAAUGUUUAAGACUAAUGGGAUGAGAAAGAUCGAUUUUCACAAUGAUUUCUAAUAAAUAUAUAGAGACUAAAA